AUGAGUACAUUGGUGCUCCGGCUUAUGUGCCUAGCCAUUGUUUCUCUCGCUCUUGUCUCUGCUCAGGGGUCACGUGCUUUACCACCAAGCAAAGAUCCUUUCUAUCAACCUCCAGCGGGUUUCGAAUCCAAAGAACCCGGUGCUAUUUUACGCCAACGCCUUGUCGUGGCCUCCUUUUUUGGGCUUAUUCCAGAUCCCGUGGAAACAUGGCAGCUACUCUAUCGUACAACAGCCAUUAACGGCUCACCUAUCGCCACGGUCACGACCAUCUUCAAGCCAUUAUUUGCUAAGAAAGACCGCUUCAUUUCCUUCCAUACGGCAUAUGAUAGCUCGGCAUCCAUUUGCAACCCCAGCUAUAACUAUCAGUUGGGCUCCUUGCAAACCGACUUGAUCUCUUCGUCUGAGUUUUUUCUGUUGCAACUCUACCUGCUCUCUGGCUAUAUUGUGGCGUCGCCGGACUACGAGGGUCCCGAUGCGGCCUUUGGUCCUGGUCGACUUGAAGGCAUGGGUGUCUUGGAUGGCAUGCGCGCAGUCAAAAACUUUGGUAAUAACCUAAAGCUCUCAACAAACAACCCUAUGGUAGUUGGUGUGGGAUAUUCAGGCGGCGCCAUUGCCACGGGCUGGGCGGCGUCUUUACAGCCAACUUACGCCCCUGACCUAGCACUCAAGGGCUGGGCCCAUGGCGGGACGCCUGCAAAUCUGACUGGCAUCUUGACAUUUAUUGACAAUACUUUAUUCAGUGGGUUUGUGCCCGCCGCUAUCAACGGCCUAGCCAAACCAAGCGCGUACGGUGCGCAGUUAACUCCCCUUCUGAAGAGCAUCAUGACUCCACGCGGCCAACGCGUUCUUGACUUCGCUGCAGCCAGCUGCGCCAUUGGUGAUUUACUCGCCUUUCCAGAACAGUCAGUACUAUCUACUAGCUUUCAAAACCAGGGACCUGGCCUUCUCUACAACCCCGAUCUUGUGUCAGUUCUAGAACAAAAUACCAUGGGCGUUCAUAAAAACGAGACACCGACCGCGCCAGUACUGCUAUAUCAUGCAACUAAGGAUGAGAUUGUUCCCUACACAAACGCCUCUACGCUGGCAGAUGCUUGGUGUAGUAAUGGCGCCAACGUCAAGUUUAUCACCUUUGCUAAUGGUGGGCACAUCACCACCGAGGUUCUCGCCAUUUUAGAAGUGCUCGAGUUUGUUGCAAAUGCCUUUGCUGGAAAAGUCGCCAGUGGAUGCUCACGCACCACAGUGCUUCGCAACACUCUGAACCCUAUUGCUCUCGGUGUCGCCCUUGAGCCAGUUCUAGUAAUGCUGAUUGAGGUAUUAGCAACUGCUGGCAAGGAGGAUAUCAACAUCGUCAAAAACCUCUCAACGCUGAACAAGACCAUAUCUUGA